CUCUGAUGUCACUGAAUGAGCAGUGCGGGCUUCCAGUGCGCAUCUUCGGGGACGCAGCGGUGGCACAGGCAGUGAAUUCUCUACUUGUCUACAACUCAGCAACCUUUAUUUCCGACAUCCGGAUUUUAAUCUAUGGCUGAGUAGAAACUCCUAAUCAGUGUUGUUGUAUUUGUAUGAACUUUUUGGAAGCAGAAACAAGUAUCUGAAUUGUGCGGUCAGUUUACGCCCAGCAGCAGCAGCAGCAGCCCGGCCGGUGCAGGCAGUGUUCAGCACAAUGGAGAGCAGCGUGGUGCACAUCUACAAAGAGGACAGGUGUCCCACGGGCCAGCCGGAGGAGUGUUCCCCAAAUUUCACGUGGCAAUCCGGCUCAUCAGACAUCUUCAACUACACACCCAACGGCACCUGGGACGCUGAACCCGAGCCGAUGUCGCCCAUCAUCCCCAUAAUAGUCGCAGUGUACUCCGUGGUGUUUGUGGUUGGCUUGGCGGGCAAUUGUUUGGUGAUGUAUGUGAUCAUUAGAUACACCAAAAUGAAAACAGCCACCAACAUCUACAUCUUCAACCUGGCUGUGGCCGACGCUCUGGUCACCACCACCAUGCCCUUCCAGAGCACCGACUAUCUGCUCAGUUCCUGGCCGUUUGGCGAGGUGGCGUGCAAAGUCUUCAUCUCCAUCGAUUACUACAACAUGUUCACCAGCAUCUUCACCUUGACCAUGAUGAGCGUGGACCGCUAUGUGGCCGUGUGCCACCCGGUCAAGGCCCUGGAUUUCCGCACCCCCGUCAAGGCCAAGAUCAUCAAUGUGAUCAUCUGGGUGCUGUCGUCUGCUGCUGGGAUCCCUGCCAUGAUACUUGGCAGCACAAACACCAAAAAUGGGAUUACAGAGUGUGCCCUACAGUUCCCUGAGCCCUACAGCUACUGGGACACCCUGAUGAAGAUCUGCGUCUUCAUCUUUGCCUUUGUGGUACCCGUCAUCAUCAUCACCGUCUGCUACACGCUGAUGGUCAUGCGGCUAAAAAGCGUGCGCCUACUGUCAGGCACACGCGAGAAGGACCGCAACCUGCGCCGGAUCACCCGUCUGGUUCUGGUGGUUGUUGCCGUCUUUGUGGUGUGCUGGACUCCCAUCCACAUCUUCAUCUUAGUCAAGGCUCUGUCUGGCAACGUCCCAGAGACCACCCCCGUCAUGGCUGCCUACUUCUUCUGUGUGGCGCUGGGCUACACCAACAGCAGCCUCAACCCAAUCCUCUACGCCUUCCUGGAUGAGAACUUCAAGAGGUGCUUCAGGGACUUCUGCUGCCCAGGUGCCCAAAAACAUGGAGACCCUCUUGGGGUGAGCCGGGUGAGGAGCACCCUACGGGACCACACAUGUCCCACAGAAGCCCGGGGAGAUAUGAGGCAGGCCAGGCCUGUAUGACUAGCCAUGGACACAUCCUCUAUGCCCUAUCAGGGCUGGGAGGACUCCAAUGACCUAGGAUUGACUCAAGUCACCACUGCCAUCUGAUGGAAGGCUAUAGAGGGCCAAGUAUUUAUUCAUACAACAUGUUGAUCAGAGAAUCCAAAAGCAGAUUUGCUCAAAUUUUUCUUAUUGUCAACAAAUCCGAUGAAAAGACAAACGCCAUCCCAGAAUUGAUCCUACUAACCAGCAGGCUAUUACCUGUGUAGUCAAAACCUAAGUUAUUCCUUCAUUGUUGUCAAAAAACUACUGGCGUUACAUGUUCCUUGAUUAUGAUUAUCACGGGCACUUUCUUAUUCUGAAUUAAUUCCAGCAUUGUCUUGCUGCCAGAAAUACUCACUCGAUGACCAAAUAUGUAUCAAUCCACGCUGACAAUAGUCCCCAACAAAUACACAAUUUACAAUCUCUCAAAACCAUAGCUGUGAGAGAUGGACUAAUACAUUGUUGUUGUUGUUGUUGUUUUUUCAUGGGAUUGGUUGACAUUUAGAAAAACCUAGAAUAACAUCAGAGUUGUCCUUUAAAAUCAAAGUUUAGAUUAAAAGCCUGUGAGAUUGUUUGCAAAGUGCAAAGAUGCCUCCGGGAUCCCAGCCCAGCCAGAUACUAAAGCACUGUAUAGUGUUUUGCUAGGAAAAUGUAUUAAGCUGAAAUGUAACCUAGAACGUAUACUUUUUCAUAUUAUGUUGUCACAUUGUUGAUAUCAACAAUGAAAAGAAGAUGAACGAUGUUCAGACAAGACAAACUGAAAGUAUUUUAUUAUGUAGCUUGAUCCCAUGUUGUUUACCUAGCCUUCAGUCUUUCGUAUAAAAGUGAUUACUGUAUCACAACAUGCCAUUUGGUGUAUAGUGCAGUUUAAUGUUUAUACUGUAAAACACUGCUUGUACUGCUCAUCAGAUGGAUAACAAUGCCUUAAUGAGUUUUUUUUUAACAGAAAAAACAAAACACAUGACUGAUUUACUGUCUUGGUUUCCUAAAUUAUUGUGGCUUUUAUUGGAGUUACUAGAUCAACCAGAAUUCAUAAAAUCAAAGGCUUAUGAUGUAUACUGUACAGCAGCCCGUUAAUGUAUUUAUCUGUUUAAAUCUGACCAUGUACUUGUGGCAAAAAAUGUGUUUUUGUGCUUUGUUUUGUGUGCCUUAUGUUAUUUGGCCUUUGAACUCUUUUGCUUGCUCUAAAAGAUCAGCAAUUAGCCACAUCCAUUUUUCUGAUGCCUUUUUUGCCUUUAAGAAUAUGAAAAGAUAUCCUGGUAUAAGCUUACUGCUUAAAGUUAUUGUAGCAUUAUUUCCAGGAAAAUUGAAGGACACUGUUGGUUAUGGUAUUAGUUUCUUAACUUUUCUUCUAAUACUGUUAUUUAUUUGCUAGAAAUGAUUGUAUUCUUUAAACAAAUGAUCGGCCAAAUUUAGGCCAGGUCUCAACACCAUAUGCUGUAUGUAAAAUGUACUGCUGCAUUGUAAAUGGACUGUACGUGUUGGAUAUUUUGCUGUAUCUUUUACCUUCGAAAGUCAAAAUGUGCUUUACACAUGUGCAACAAAGUCACAAUAAAACUGUAAAAUGUGA